AUGGCUCGCAAACGUCGCAGUGCAGACUCGACACCACCACCACCGCGGCGACAACGGCCGCUUCUUCCGGGAUCGCCAAGGGCAAGACGGGAUGCCCAUGGCAACAUUACAAAUGCAGCGUACCUGAGUGAGGCUACACUCGCGCGCGAGCAGAAUAGGCCUCAGGUUCUGGCAACCGUACCGGCUCCUGGUCCUCCUGCUCCCCGACAACAGUUAGCCAUCCAUACGCGAGGAGAACAUGCGGACCACCCAUAUGUAGCGACAAAUGUGCAGUCUGGCCGUAGGACUGCGCCGAGGAGCAGCGUGCACAAUCAGCGAUACGCUCCAUAUUCGCGUGCACCUCCGAACUAUCCUGCUGCGCAUCCCGGAGCGAUAUACACGCCGCCUGCUGUUCCGGCACCAGCCUCGCGUACGAACUUUGUGGAGCCGCAGCAGCAAUACCAGCAAUACCAGCAUUACCCGCAACACCAGUUUGGUAAUGUCCUCCCUGAUGCGGAUCUAAUGAGGUUUCCUUCGAACUCAAGUCAGGCUACUUUGGGCCAUGCGCCUUCGAAUGCUGUGGGACAUCAGCCUUCAGGAAAUGGCUUCCAGGAUGAUACCUUGCGAGCUGAGGACUUCGAGGAGGCUGGACUGAACCUAGAAGCAUUUCAGGAUGGGGUGCCUGACGAGAAUGGCGGGGACGCCCAAUACCAGUCCGACUUUUUGGACUUCCAGAAAUUCUUGUUGCAUUCAUCCGGGGAUAUGUCGGAUGGAUCGUACAGCCUUAACCAGAUGGCUUCACGUCCGAUCUUUCAUCGGUAUCCCGCUCCUGCUCCUGCUCGCAGUUACCAGCAACCCCUUCGCGAGCCUACCCAUGCCGGCUACAAUGUCGCUGGGGCUUACCAAAGUCCAUAUGCGCCGACCAUGUAUGCUCCACAGCAGGCGCAUUUCCAGCCUACGUUCCAGCCGGGCCCGAUGUACGCGCCAGGACCCGUCAACAACGUCGUCAUGCAGCAGGCAGGCCCGAUAUACGCGCCAGGCUCCGUCAACAACAAUUUCGUACAGCAACCGGGUACGAUGUAUGCGCCGGGCUACGUCGAGAAUUUCGUCGUGCAGCAGCCUCGACCGACGGCACGGCCGCGAAGCGGGGCAACAUACCCUGUCUCCUACGCAACGACUGAGGAAUGGGUUGAGGCGCAACGAAGGGAAGAGAAGAGAGUGAGUGAGGGUGAGGACGGGAAUGCGGACGGAAGAGGGGAUGGAUGA